AUGGCGCCUCUUGCGCGAACGGUGUACAAUGCCUGCGGGCUACUCCUGUUGGGACUUCUGCUGUUAGGAUACCCUUCUCCUACCGAGGCAGGUGUCGUGAGGAGGGCUUAUAACGAAUACCCCACUGCGUCCACAGGUCGUGAGCGUGUUAGUAUUAACGAUGGCUGGCGAUUUUCUCGUUUCGCAUCGAAUCCCGAUUCGCUAUCAUACAAUACGCUGAAGGAGUGGAUUCUCCCUUCCGGCAACGAUUUCAUCGUCAACGGUGCCAAGCAUGAACGCCCUAAGAGAACCGCACCCGGCGACAACGUUACGUACGUGCAAGCGACGUUCGAUGAUAGCGCGUGGGAGCUUGUGAAUGUUCCGCACGAUUGGGCUAUCAAAGGGCCUUUCCAUGCCCCUGAGAUUCCGAAUAGCAUGGGUGCCUUACCUAUCAACGGCGUAGGAUGGUACCGUCGCAAUCUGACGAUAUCAGCAAGCGACGCCGACAAGUCCAUUUUCCUGGAUAUCGACGGCGCCAUGUCUAAUUCUGCGGUGUGGAUUAACGGCCAACUCGUUGGUGGAUGGCCCUACGGGUAUAACUCUUUCCGCUUGGAUAUUACCCCGUAUGUAAAGGCUGGAGAAAACCUGUUGGCGGUCCGAAUUGACAACCCUUUGAAUUUCUCACGCUGGUACCCUGGCGCUGGCCUUUAUCGCAAUGUCUGGCUUGUCAAGGUCGACAAGACUCACAUCGGUCAGUAUGGCACGUAUAUCACGACCCCGGUUGUUUCCGCUGAAUCGGCGGACGUGGACUUGACCGUUGAGAUUGAAAAUAAGGGAGAUUCCAGUCGACAGGUGGAAUUGAAGACGGACGUGUACGUCCUUGAUAUUGAAACUGAGAGAAUCGGGGCGGAUAUUGUUGCCUCUUUCCCAUCUUCAACCGCAAGUAUAGCAGCCAACAGCAAGAAAUCUCUCAACUCUUCAAUGACGGUAUCGAACCCACGGCUAUGGGGACCUAAGCCGGAGCAGGUGCCGAACCUGUACGUCGCAGUAACGAAACUUCUUUCCAACGGCACUGUUAUCGACACUUACGAGACGCGCUUUGGCAUCCGGUCUAUUACCUACGAUCCUAACAAGGGUAUCCACGUAAACGGCAUGAGGGUCUACAUCCAAGGUACUAAUAACCACCACGACCAUGGUUCAAUCGGUGCUGCAUUCCAUCUCAGAGCGGCUGAGCGCCAACUGGAUCUGCUGCAAGAGAUGGGUUGCAACGCACUCCGGAUGUCUCACAACCCACCUGCUCCUGAGUUACUCGACCUAGCAGAUAAGUACGGAUUCCUAGUCCUGGAUGAAAUCUUCGACGUGUGGAAGGAGCAAAAGAUACAGGAUGACUAUCACGUAUAUUUCCAGGAUUGGCACGAGCCUGAUAUCCGCAAUUUCAUCCGACGCGAUCGUAACCAUCCCUCUAUUAUAGCCUGGAGUUACGGUAACGAAAUUGUAGAGCAAUCAACAGCUUCCGGUGGCGCGACGGCUCGCGAACUUCACAGCAUCGUAAAGGAAGAGGACCCGACGCGACAAGUCAGCGCAGGUAUAAAUAACGCCAAGGCAGGUAGCGAGUUCUCCAACGUCGUCGACAUUCCCGGUAUGAACUACCAGGGCGAAGGCCGCGGUACUUCAUUCGACUCGGCGUACCCGAGUUACCACUCCACGUACCCCGGAAAGGUUCUAUGGAGCACCGAGAGCUCGUCAGGCGUCAGCUCACGCGGAACAUACAUCUUCCCGGUAACAAGCGCUAAUAGUACGACUGUCGGCGACACGGCGGGUUCGGAUCCCAAGACGCUUUUUGUUAGUGCGUAUGAGCUGUACGCCGUCUCUUGGGGGUCAUCGCCGGACAAGGUGUUCGGAAUGCAGGACAGAUUCCCGUAUGUUGCGGGCGAAUUCGUAUGGACCGGCUGGGAUUACCUGGGCGAGCCUACGCCUUUUGAUACCAAGGCCCGGAGUUCCUACUUUGGAAUUAUCGACCUUGCUGGCCCCAUGGCACACAUCCUGCCCCACUGGACUUGGCCGGACCGCGUCGGCGAAGUCACCCCCGUUCACGUGUUCUCUGGCGCCGACGAAGCCGAACUCUUCGUCAACGGGAAGUCCGCCGGGAAGCUCAAGAGAGAACCAUCCAACUACCGUUUCCGAUGGGAUGAGGUAACCUACGCGCCGGGAGAGCUCCACGUCGUGACGUACAAGGACGGCGCCAAGUGGGCCGAGGACACGGUGAGAACCGCCACCCAGCCCGCGAAGCUGAGCAUCACGGCGGACCGCACGACGAUCCGCGGCGACGGCCGCGACCUAUCGUUCAUCACGGUCGCCGUGACCGACGAGAGCGGGACUACCGUCCCCGAGGCCGCCAACGCCAUCACGUUCUCCGUCUCGGGCCCCGCGGAGAUCCUGUCGACGGAUAAUGGCAACCCGGCGGACUUCACUGCGUUUCCGAGCUUGACGCGGAACGCCUUCAGCGGGUUGGCCCUGGCUGUGGUGCGCUCGGAGGCAGGUGGUUCGGGAGACAUUACCGUUCGCGCGGAGGCGGAGGGACUCAAGGCAGCGGAGAUAGUUGUGAAGGCUGCGUAG